AUGUUACCCAUAAGUGAUUCAGCUCAAAACUCACUUAAUAACGUCAUUAAAUCUACAAAUCACGCAUGCAAGAAGACGUUAAAAGUUUACUCUGCUUCGGAGCACGCUUUGCAUUUUGAUGCAAACGAAUACUUACAAGCAUUUUACUACAACCCAAGGGAAGAUGCAGCAAUGCGGACAGUGUUAUUCUUCCUUCCCGGAAUUAUAUAUUGGAUUCCCGAGAAGAUCCGGACAGUCUUGGAUCUCGGAGCAGGCCCUACUGUUCAUGUGCCGAUAACAUUUCGCAAGCAUGCUGAGCAUAUAUACAGUGCGGAUUAUGCUCAAGUUAACUGUGAUGUGUUGAAAAAUUGGGCCAAAAAUAAGUCAACAUUUGAAUGGAAUCAAGUAUGUGAAUUGAUUGCUUGUGUGGAAGACUCAGAUGAUUCGCCAGCGGAUAUGCAGGAUUGCGCACGGAACAAAUUUCGAGCUAUUUUUAGAAUCGACUUACUACAAGAAUCAUGCAUCAAAUAUAUACAUUACAAUCACUCUGAGGGUCACAACAUUCCUCAACAAUUUCAUGUCGUUGUUUCUUUGUUUUGUUUCGAAUAUUCUAGCGAGAACGUGGAAGAUUACAGUCGAGCAGUCCGUAACGCUGUGAAAUUGAUUGAACCGAACGGAUUCUUGAUCCAAGGUGGAGUUCUAAGAGAAAAUGACUAUUAUUUUGGAGAUCAAAAAUACCGAUGCCAUUAUUUGACGAAAGAACAAAUCAUUGAAUCUUUAAAGGAGAAUAACAUGACAACAGAAAAAGGACAGAAUUACAAAUGGUUUGAAGUAGAUGAUGUCUUCCUCUUAAUCACAAAGAAGAAAGACUGA